CUUUGCACUCUCGCUAUAAUCAGUUAGGGUUUCUACAAAGAAACCGGACGCCAUUGACGCCAUGGCCACUCAACACCUUUCUCGCUCUGUCCUGUCCAGGCCUUCCAAAACCCUAACGUCUCUCCUCACUCGAUCCUUCUCUUCCGUCACCACCACCACUGCCAACUCCUUUGUCUCUCGCCCUUCCUCGUCUCUACUUCACCGCCUCCGGCCCCUCGCGUCCCUUUCCUCCUUCUCCUUCUCCAAUUCGAGAUCUUUCGCUACCAGGGCCACUAACUCUUCGCUGAACGACCCAAGCCCAGACUGGUCUAAUCGCCCACCCAAGGAGACGAUUCUGCUCGAUGGAUGCGAUUUUGAGCACUGGCUUGUGGUCAUGGAAAAGCCGGAGGGAGAGCCUACUAGGGACGAGAUCAUCGAUAGCUAUAUUAAAACCCUAGCUAUGGUUGUUGGCAGUGAGGAAGAAGCGAGGAUGAAAAUUUACUCUGUUUCAACUAGAUGCUACUUUGCUUUUGGAGCACUUGUGUCUGAAGACCUCUCUGAGAAGUUGAAAGAAUUGGAAAAGGUUCGUUGGGUUCUUCCAGAUUCCUAUCUGGAUGUUAAGAACAAAGAUUAUGGAGGGGAACCUUUCAUCAAUGGGAAGGCUGUUCCAUAUGACCCUAAGUAUCAUGAGGAGUGGAUAAGGAACAAUUCGCGAGCAAAUGAGAGAAACAGGCGCAAUGACAGACCUCGCAAUCUUGAUAGAUCAAGAAAUUUUGAGAGGAGGCGAGAAAACGUGCAAAACCGAGACUUCCAAUACAACGGUGGUGCUUCCGCAGCUAAUCAGGGUGUGCAGAACUCUCCACCUAGCCUGAGUGGCAUGCCGAACAACCCUCCAAUGCCUAAUCAGGCCAUUCAAAACUCUCCGCCUAGCAUUAGUGGCAUGUCUAACCGCCCUCCCAUGCCUAAUCAGGGUAUGCAGAACUCCCCACCCAACGUAGGUGGCAUGCCUAACAGAGGAAUGCCACCAUAUAACAACAUGAGUGGAAUGCCGCCGCCACCACCACCACCUAACAUGAAUGGGAUGCCCCAGAACAACGUGGGAGGCAUGCCACAAAACAAUUAUGGAGGAGGGCAGCCCAAUGUGGGAGGCAUGCCACAGAACAAUUAUGGAGUGCCACCCAACGUGAGAGGAAUGCAGCCCAACGAUAGCAUGGGAGCAGGAAUACCACCAAAUGCAGGGUGGUCUGAGACCGUGCCUGGAAAUACUCAAAACUACCAAUAUGGCCCCAACAGUGGUGGCAUGCCUUACCAAGGUUCAGCUCCAAAUGCAGGCUACCAGAACUACACUCCAAGCAGGGAUUAAGAAUUUAUGCCUAGUUUACUUGGAAGCCUUAUCAUUCUUUAAAUUUCCAUAGAAGUGAGUUUAAUAGGGUAAUAUGCUGUAUAUAAGCGAGGAUGGCAUAAGAUUGUCUGGGAUGUGCUGUUUGCACUGCCUGGUUAUAUCACAAGGUUCAUGUAUGUUAUUUGCAUGGCAGGCUGAGACUUGGGAUUGUUUUUAUUUAGUUAAAUAUGUUUACGUAAAAGUUCUUGUAUGGGUUUUUUAGAUCUUUUAGACAUGUCCAAAAUCUUUUGACAAUGCCUUCUGAAAUCUAGUUACAAUGCGA